AUGCCCAAUCCAGACCGUCACCAUAUUCGCGCAUCGGUGACUUCCUCUCAGAAAGCCGCUCAAUAUGCGCUUAAGCACCGUGACUGGGAUGAAGACCUCCAUUCGUGUAUUCUGGAGCAGUUGGAGCGGAACAAUAUGAACAAUCGAGCAAACAUAAUGUCCUUUAUCGAACAAUUCUGCGACAUGGCCACGAAAGAAAACCAUCUACCUUAUGUCCGAAUGAUGCAACGUGAUAUCCUUCGAGUGGUAGAUGCGGUGGUACCGCCCGACGGGUCUGGGGCAGCCAAUGUCAAGCAUAGUGUGUCCGAGAUCGAGGCAGCGCUCAGAGAUCGCGAUGUCAACAGUGAGCAGUACGAUCUUGACAACAGUGAAUUAUCGCGCAGCGGAGAUGGUGCUCUGUCAGGUAGCAGGAGCCCCCGUCACGUCAAACCGUCUGACAUGCGUUUGGACAAGAGGCAAAUCGAGCAAAGAAUCGAAGAGGAUCGGGAACGAAACAAACGUCUUCGAGAGAGUAUGUGGGCCGUGGGCGGCGGGGACCAAGACGAGUGGCACAAGUUCAAUGACGACCUCAGCGACAUCGACGAUGACGACUUGGGCAACACCGAGGAGGAAAUGUCCGAGCGAGAUCAUGCAGCUGCUGCCAUGCGUGGGGAUCUCUGA